AUGUCAGACCCUGGAACUUGCUUGGCCAUUGUGAGCCUCGCUUUGCAGGUGUCGAAGGGCCUACUCGGCUACUACGACCUCUGGACACAUGCCGACGAAGAUGUCGCCGAGAUUCAGCGAUCCCUGCUCGCCCUAGCAAACAUAUUCACCCAGCUUGAGAUCACCCUCGAAAAGCCCAAUCUCUCGGAAGACAUCAUCUCGAUAGUUCGAAUCACUAUGAAGGGCUGUGAUUCCAAUGUCAAGAAGCUGGAAGAGAUGUUGGAGAAGUUCAAGAGGGAAGGGGACCCGGAGAAGCUUCGAACAAAGUUCAAAAAUUUCAAUCGGCGAAUGCUUCGAAUCUUCUAUCAAGGGGAGAUCAUGCGGGUACAGUCUGUUCUUAGUGAACUGCGCGAAGAUUUACACAUGGUUGUGGGCCUCCUUAGCCUUCUGAACGAUCUGAGAAAGGUCCACGCGGAUCUGACUACCCUCCAAAAUUCGAAUAAGGAGCGCAUCGAAAUGGAAAAAGAAAAGAAUCGAGAGGCUCGAAGAUGUGCCUUGAUUGAGUGGCUGGCUGCCCCUGAUAUCUCUGCUGCUCACCUGUCCGCACAGGAUCAGCGGGAAGAAGGAACUGGAGAAUGGUUCCUGGAGAGCCAGGAAUUCCUAGAGUGGGCCAAUACUGGGCGAAGCAUGUGGCUUGCUGGCGACGUCGGAUGCGGAAAGACGGUUCUAUGUUCUUCUGUUAUCGAAGAGUUGAAAAGCAGGGCUCCACAACGUGGUGAUAGAAUCGCUUACUUUUACUUCACUUUCAGCGACACCGAUCGCCAUGGUAUUGCCGGCUUUCUGAAGUCCGUGCUCCGGCAGCUCUGCUUGGCACACUCCGUUGAUACCCUGAUGGAGGCAUUGCACCAGAGAUGCGGUCUGGAUCCUCCAUCUACCAAACAAAUGCAGGCCACCUUGCUUGCUUACCUGGAAAGAGUUUGCGCCUCGGGGACGGAUGCCGACGUGACCCAAGCCUCUCAAGUUUACAUGGUCUUAGAUGGCCUUGACGAAAUUCCAUAUGGACCAGAUCGAACCACACUACUUCUCCUACUAAAUCAGAUGGCUGAAAGGGCGUAUCCUUUGUUGCACAUCCUCGUUUCCAGUCGCCCGGAAAGGCAUAUCGAAAAGGAAAUACUUGGAAGUCAGCACUGGAGGACUUUCCCCUUCUCAUCCGGCGGCGCGAGAAACGACAUGGAGAUCUAUGUGACCAAUCAGAUCAAGUUAACCCCAAGACUGGCAUCGCUGCCCGAUCACAUCAAGCACAAGAUCCAUGAGACGCUGGUGGCAGGGGCUGGCGGCAUGUUCCGUUUGACAGCUUUGCAAAUGCAAGAGCUGAAGAUGAAACGCAUCCUGCGUGAUUGCGAUGUUCAGAAUAUACUCUCUUCGCUCCCCAAGAGUCUCGACGCAACUUAUGAGCGCGUCUUGCUUCAGAUUGACUCCGAGGUGGUUUAUGAAGCCAAGACGGCGCUCCAGUGGCUGUGCUGCUGUAUUCGUCCUCUUUACCUGGAAGAGUUGGUCGACGCAUCUAUCAUCAAGCCUGACGAGGAGGUCCCCUUCAGUGAGGAUCACCGCAUCAAGGAUUUCGGCCUCCUAGACCUGCUUCCUGGUUUGGUCAAGGUUAAUCCGCCACCAGACUUGACCGAGGCGAUGUUCCAGCCAAAGCAUUACACUGUCACACUUGCCCAUUUUUCUGUCAAGGAGUAUCUGGUCAGUUCCAGAACUUUGGACUCGCUUUCUCACACAUAUGCCAUCAAUCUUGAUCUUGCUCACCGGCAUAUCGUGAGAAGCUCAUUGGCAUACAUUGGGCAUUGCCUUUCGGUUGGCUCUUCUUAUCCCCAUCAUGAACACGGAGUUGUCAGAUUCCCACUGCAAAUGUAUGCUUACAGCCGUUGGGAGAUGCAUGCAAAACUAGUCUCUGGACACUUGGAUCAAGUCUGGGCAUGUGUGUUGAAAACAUUCCGAAAACCCACUGCAGCACUCAUGUGGUGCUGGCUAUCACGGAAGCUCAGAGAAGAGGGCACGGCCUACCACUUUGACAUCCCAUUUCAAGCGUUUUUAUCACCCGAUUGGCCGACAAAUUAUCUGCUCUGUAGGGCCAUCGGUUCAGGCAUUGAACCGUUGGUCCGCGCCGUUCUCGACAGUACCUGGUUGAACUUGACUGGCCAGUUGGUUCUUGGAAACCCAUUUAGUCUGGCCCUCAUCUCCAGGUCCGGGUCCUGUCCCAGAAACAUACUUCAAGGCUCAUCCAACUCGCUUUCGGCCGGAUCAAUCUCGAGUCCAGGGGAUGAUUCCCUUCCUCGCAUGUUACUAGAGUCUGGCUAUCAGCCUACUGCACGUGACUUGCUUCUGUCAGUGCGUCAUGGGACCGCUGGGUUACUAUCGCUUAUGAUUGAAAGAGCUCAGAACUUCCUGUUUUCAGAUCUGAUGGAGGGUAUGGACCAAGCUGUGACCUCACGAAGGCUCCAAGUCGCACGCAUAUUCUUGAGGCAACUUCUAUCGGGGACGCACUCCCACCCUGACCAGGCAUUCUGCACUCGAGAUGAUGCAAAGAAAGCAGUCUUUGAUAUACUAUUGGCUCAUGCGGUGGAGAAGGACUCGCCAAGACUCAUCGCCUUCUUGAUCGAUUCUCUACCGGAUGGGCUGUUUGGUCAAUUGGACUUUGACUCCUUAUUCCUAAGGGCCGUCGUGGACGGAAGGUGCCAUGCGGCGGCUGCUAUUCGCCGAAACCAGUCUACACAAAUUUCCGAGAAGACAGUAUCGCAUAUGGAGCGUUGGCAAAGUGUCAUGCCCAGGGAUGAGCUGUGCUUUGCGCUUCUAAAUCUGUUUGCCUCUCGCUGCCAUACGACAAAGCCCCAGCCCCGGACACGGAAAACACGCAAAAAGAUAGCCAGAGACCUGAUUAAGCCCUAUGCCCUCGGGCUCGACGAGGAGAUGGUUGACCAAGUUCUCCAAGUAUGGUCGAGGCUCUCAUCGAGAUUCGAGCCACUCCGCCGACAGGGUCCCGUUCGACAUGAUAUCCCGCUGAAGGUGGCAAUGUCCAGUUCGACAUUAGCUCUGGCCGGGAGAAUGUCACUGAGGCUUGUUUGCGAAAGUCACGGCAAGGCCAGGGAGACUUUACCAGUUUGCCAUUGGUUGAACACGGAGAUGAACCACGCGACUUUCUUUUUCAAGUUUUCUCCGAGUUCAGAUGGACGAGGUAUUAAAAACUACACCUUGAUUUCUGGGUUCAACCUCGGCACUGGUGCUUGGUGUGAUCAGCCUUGCUUGAUGUCGGUUCAAGUGGCUGAGUUGGAGGUGAAUGUCAUCACUAUCAGCUUUUCGACGAAAUCUUUCAAACUGGCCUCUCUUUGGCGCUCAGCGGCGAGGAAACUGUUUGAACAGGAACCUUAUGCUCUUCUUUCCGACACUUGGGAUUCAUUUGUGGAGGAAGCUUCUAAUGAGGGAACUUUUGUCUUGGCCCGAAAGCAAUAUCCUGUUGAAAGUCUUUGCAGAUAUCUGAUUCGCUAUGCUGCAUAG